GGUUGUUUUGACCAAGGAUGCAGAGAGUGCUGCCAGGAGUUAGGCUAGUGGGUCAACAGAGAAGGUGGGGGUCGAGAGUAGCAAUGUAGGUACUGGGGCGUGUGCUGGGGUAGAAGUAUCUGGGGACCAAUAGGCGAGUCACGUGCGCAUGAAACUCGACCUAGGGGGAGGGGAAGUGAAAGGAACCCCCGCCCCCAACCUUGGGGCGCAGCUCCCGACGCCUAAAUACAGCUAUCAAAUCGUCGGAUCGCGUAGUCCCUGCCCCGCUUCACCGAUCUGUGGCGCCCGUCUGGUUCCCAUCUCCGCCGCUUCUUUCGAGGGGACAGAGACUGCGGCGAGACCACCCGGCUGUGGAGCUGAAGCUCCAAGGCCGGCUGCAUCCUAGAAGCGGAGAAGACUCCAGUGUGUGUGCAGGAGACUGGGAUCCCGGGACCCCGAACCCGGGUAGUGUGGACGCCGGGAGACGGCUCUGCACUGCCCCGGGCGCUCUCGGCUGCAGGAAGCGUGCUUGCUCUGGACCCGAGGGUCUCCGCCAGCAUGGCCCCCACGCUGAAGCAGGCGUACCGCAGGCGCUGGUGGAUGGCCUGCACCGCCGUGCUGGAGAACCUCUUCUUCUCUGCGGUGCUCCUGGGCUGGGGCUCCCUGCUGAUCAUGCUCAAGAAGGAGGGCUUCUAUUCCAGCCUGUGUCCAGCUGAAAAUAGGACCAAUAGCACCCAGGAGAAGCAGCACCAGUGGUCAAGCUGUGACCAGCAAGACAAGAUGCUCAACCUGGGCUUCACCAUUGGCUCCUUUCUGCUGAGUGCUACCACACUGCCACUGGGGAUCCUCAUGGACCGCUUUGGGCCCCGGCCUCUGCGCCUGGUGGGCAGUGCCUGCUUUGCUGCAUCCUGUACUCUCAUGGCCUUGGCCUCUCGGGACACUGAAGUUCUGUCUCCAUUGAUAUUCUUGGCUCUGUCCCUGAAUGGGUUUGCUGGCAUCUGCCUAACAUUCACUUCACUUACACUGCCCAACAUGUUUGGGAACCUGCGCUCUACUUUCAUGGCCCUCAUGAUCGGCUCCUACGCUUCUUCUGCCAUCACGUUCCCUGGAAUCAAGCUGAUCUAUGAUGCUGGAGUGUCCUUUGUGGUCAUCAUGUUCACCUGGUCUGGCCUGGCCUGCCUCAUCUUUCUGAAUUGUGCUCUCAACUGGCCCUCAGAAGCCUUUCCUGCCCCCGAGGAAGUAGAUUACAUGAAGAAGAUCAAACUCAUCGGUUUGGCCUUGGACCACAAGGUCACAGGUGACCGCUUCUAUACCCACGUGACCAUCGUGGGCCAUCGGUUGAGCCAGAAGGCCCCCAGCCUGGAGGAGGGAGCUGACACCUUCAUCUCAUCCCAGGGUAUUCCUAGCACCUCAGAAAAACUUCCUGAGAAGUCCAUCCCCUUCCGCAAGAGCCUCUGUUCCCCCAUUUUCCUGUGGAGCCUCGUCACUAUGGGCAUGACCCAGCUGCGGGUUAUCUUCUACAUGGCCGCCAUGAACAAGAUGCUGGAAUUCCUUAUGACGGGUGGCCGAGAGCAUGAGACGGAUGAGCAGAGACAAAAGGUGGCAGAGACAGUUGGGUUCUACACUUCCAUCUUUGGGGCCAUGCAGCUGCUGUGUCUUCUCACCUGCCCCCUCAUUGGCUACAUCAUGGACUGGCGGAUCAAGGACUGCGUGGAUGCCCCAACUGAGGGUGCCCUGAGUGAGGGUGCUGCCCUUGGAGAUGCCAGGGAUGGGGCUGCCACCAGGUUUACCAGACCACGCUACCGCAAGAUCCAAAAGUUGACCAAUGCCAUCAAUGCCUUUACCCUGACCAACCUUCUGCUUGUGGGUUUCGGCAUCACCUGCCUCAUCAACAACUUACACCUGCAGUUGGUGACCUUUGUCCUGCACACCAUAGUUCGUGGUUUCUUCCACUCAGCCUGUGGAGGUCUCUACGCUGCAGUGUUCCCAUCCAACCACUUUGGAACGCUGACGGGUCUUCAGUCCCUCAUCAGUGCUGUGUUUGCUCUGCUGCAGCAGCUGUUCUUCAUGGCCAUGGUGGGACCUCUGGAAGGAGAUCCCUUCUGGGUAAACCUUGGCCUCCUGAUCCUCUCGCUUCUGGGAUUCCUGCUACCAUCCUACCUCUUCUACUACCGGUCCCGUCUGCAGAGGGAGUAUGCUACCGGUUUUCCAGACCCGAUGAAGGUGCUCAAUGGCCCCAAAGGGGCUGCGUAAACUCCUGCCCAGGAGGACAGGCAACCAAGGCUUGAACAAAUAAAGGGAAUGCCCCAGAUGGCUCUCUACCUGAAGCAUGUGUGUAGAGCCAGGGGCCAUGGGUUUAUAAAUACCAAGAGAAGUUUUAUUUUUAUAGGCACUUGCAAAAAGGAAAAACAAAACAAAACAAAGCAAAACAAAAAAACCCUUAAAAAUAUCCCCCAAAGCAAGCCUUUCAUUGACUGAAGACAGUGCCUGGUCUAGUGGGAUUGGGCCUUCUGGACUGGAGGAGACCACAGUGUGGGGUUGUCCUUUCUCCAUGAUUUUGUCCCAGGAACCUGCAAGGUUGCAUUCUGAGAACUCAUGGGAUCAGUAAACAGACUACCCUAAGAUUCCAGCUGCUGAGUGUGCACACAUAUGUUGUGUGCAUGCAUACAUUGUGUGCACAUGCAUAUGACAACAUUUCCUGCAGGAGAGGGGCUGAGGUGUUGGGGUGUGGGUGGGACUGGUGGGCAGGCUCCCUCCCUGGUGGGGUGUGGGGGACUGGCGGGCGGACUCCCUCCCUGGUGCUGUUUCUUACAGGUCUUAGAGGAAAUAAAAAGGGAAGUGAGAGUCUGGCUCGUGUGUACC